UAACUGCAACCGUUGUUUUCCCUCCACCGUACCUAUGGGGAAGUCCGACGACCGACGCUAGCACUCGUUAGAAAAGAUCCGGUCAAGCCCCCGUUUCCCGGCCACCGACGGACGGGCUUGGUUUGAACUUCCCACUUACUUAUCACGACCAUCGCGCAUCGCUACUAAGAUCAAACAAGCACUUGGUUCGAACCAAGGUUCGUCCCAUGAAUCACACAUGGCUCCCGAAUCUCUGCAAGCUCCGGCGGGUCCGCCGCGCAAGGUCGAUGCGUUCACCGGGGACCUCAUUCAUCAUGACACGUACCCUGACAUCGACCCAGUCACCGUCUCAGACUGCAAAGGCAAAGCAGUCCUCGUCACAGGCGCGAGCAAAGGCCUCGGCAAGGCGAUUGCUAUCGGCUACGCGGAGGCUGGCGCAUCAAUGAUCGCCGUUGCCGCCCGUUCAGACGUCUCAUCAACUGUCAGCGAUGUCUUGCAAGCCGCCGAGAAGGCCGGACGCGCCGAGCCGACCGUCCUGGCACUCGAGAUGGACGUCAGUAGCACGCCCAGCGUAAAGGCCGCCGCUAAAAGGUUGACGGCCGAAUGGGGACGUCUAGACAUCCUCAUCAACAACGCCGGCUACAUGGCGCCUUUCCAACUGCUGUUGGAGACCGACGAGGACGAGUACAUGAAGGCGUGGGACGUCAACUACUGGGGCACGUACCGAGUCACGAAGGCCUUCUUGCCGCUGAUGCUGAAGGGCGGAGACAAGACCAUCGUCAACAUGUCUUCGGUUGCGGCGCAUUUCAUGGGUGCCGGCGGAGGAGCCUACCACAUCUCAAAGUUCGCUUUGAUCCGGUUCACCGAGUUUGUCCAAGACGAGUACGCUGAUCAGGGAGUCCUCGCAUUUUCGAUUCACCCGGGCGGAGUCCCCACCGAGUUGUCUUCCAACUUGCCCGAGAAGCUGCAGUUUCGCAUGAGAGAUACCCCAGAGCUCGCAGCGCAUUCUGUUGCGUAUCUGACCAGCACGAAGAGGGACUGGCUAGGCGGGAGGUGGCUAAGCUGCAUGUGGGACAUGCCGACGCUCAUGAGCAUGGAGAAGAGGGUCGUUGACGGGAAUCUUUUGAAAUUCGAGUGUUCGGGCUUGUGAGCCAAACAGAGACGGUUACGCUAUGGGAGCAUACUAGUCGCGGCACAGCUAUGAUGCUUCAAGCCGAGAUAUGUUCACAAAUAA